CAGGCGGUAGUGUGUUGUGGAAUUGCGUUGUCCAUUUCAUCCAGCUGCAGCACAAGCGAGCGAAACGUAGCUUAAGGAAGUGGUCACGGAAUUCCUUCACACAUCGUGUGUUUGUGUGUGUGUUUUGGAAUGUUCGUACACACAAUCUGUGUGCGUGUUGGAGGGGGUUGUGUUUUGAUGUCGAUAAAUGCAUAAAAUCAUCCCCUCGGGGUGAGCAAAUGAAGUGGUGACGAAGAUGAAAACAAGACGGCCCUUGGGUAAAAGGCGGUAAAACAUAAACCUCAUCGUUCUAGUGUGUUAUAAGUGUGUGUGAAUGAUUGUACCCAGAAACGUAGUGUGAAAGCAAAGGAAAGGAAAUAAAACCGGAUCACAUUUCUUCCUUCCUUCCGGUCGCGGACUGUAGCGGAAGUAACGGUGUAGAGACGCAAAGAAAUACGCCGUACAAAGGAAAGGUGGAAGGGAAGGGAGCGGCAGCCAUCGAAUCGGAACGUCCGCAAGAGCGUGCUUGUGUGUGUGUGGGUCGGCAAGCGGGAGAGAAAGACAGAAAUAAUACGAGUCACACGGGCAAAACCGGAACCACUGGAGAAAAAAAACAGAACUUACCCCCGUUGAAAGAAGCACAGGAAGUAAAGAAUCGAAGAACGUGUGCGACGGCGGCAGCAGGUGCCAAAACAGCAACAAUAACAACAACAAAACCCCCGUUGCUAAGAAAAAGGAAACGGAACGGAAAGAAAACGCGACAAAAGCCGCGGUGGCGAGCGAAAGAAAAUGUUGCCGGCCGUAUGUUGGCUGCGCGCGGUCGAAGCAAGCCACGACGACGAUCAUCAGCAGCUCGGUGAUGACCGGCGGGCAAGAUAAACAAAAGUGCUUUCAUCCAUCCCCAGUACCACCAGUGGGCGGAUUUUGAAGCUUGGCAGAAUAUUUUUUACCACCCAAGACCGCGUGCGACAUGUGCCUGUGCCUGUGCCUGUGUGGGGGUGUAAGACGUUGGAGAAUGGUUUAAAAUAGACGAACAUAGUUUAGUGCUCCAGCAAACGCGCGCUCCGAGUGUGUCCACACGCGCAUUACAACGCUGUAGCUAGUGGCGUAGGGGCGUACACACAAACACACACUGUAAUUUGAUUUAAAAAUUCCACACCCCAGCUAGUACAGCAGAAAGUGCUCUUGGGCGACGACGCAACAAGAAUGCCACGCAACGGCGAAGCAUCAUCCGGGCUGGAGAAAGGAGUCAGCAGCUCGAAAACGGCCCCCGAAUGGCUGCAUCCGGAUCAUGUCAUCAUGAACGAAGGUGUUACGUUUGACGUGCGGUACAUCGGAUGUUUGGAGAUUAAAGCUUCCAUGAAAAAGCUUGACUUCCCAACGCGAUCACAGGUGGCAAAAGAGUGCAUAAAUCGGGUCUGCGAAGCGGCCAGCCUGAAAAGCUCGAAAAAGCGGCGAGUCGACAAGCGUGUGCUGCAGUGCAUAUCCGAUACGCCCGACAUGGAGCAUGCCGGCACCAACGUCACGCUGACGGUUUCCAGCAAGUACCUGUCGCUGGUGAAUGUGGACACGGGCGAGAUCAUCGCCAAGCACGACAUGCCGAGAAUAUCGUUCGCUUCCGGUGGCGAUACGGACACGCUGGACUUUGUGGCGUACGUAGCGAAGGAUCUGAACGAAUGGCGCGCCUGCUACGUGCUGGAGUGUGGCGGCAGUCUAACGCAGGACCUGAUCGCCACCGUCGGCCAAGCGUUCGAGCUGCGGUACAAGGAGUUCUUCAAGCAGCCGGAAACGCAGAGCAAGUUCCACGAGCUGACGCGAACGGACAAGGUGUACUACAAUGACCUGCCGGACAAGAUGCCGCCCGAUCUGCUGACCGAGAACGAUCACCAUUCGUCGUCGCAGUCGCACAGUUCCUCCAGCGCAAAGCAAACGCGGGAAAGGAUACCGAGCAAUUUGAUCGAUCUAAAUACGCCGCUUCCCUGUCACGACUACGUGAACGACAAGCAUGCAAACGCGACCAACAAUUCGCACAGCAAUAAGUCAAUCUCUUCCAGCACGAUCGUAAAGGAUGUGUUUGAUAUGCAACCAUUUACCAUCUCGUCCGAGAUACAAAGGUCGCAGCUGCUGACGGAAUCGUGGUACCACGGCAGCAUCAGCCGGGCACAGUCCGAGCAUCUGCUGAAGAACGAUGGCGACUUUCUGGUGCGCGAAUCGGCCGGCACGCAAGGCCAGUACGUGCUGACCGGCAUGCAGAACAACUCGCCCAAGCACCUGUUGCUGAUCGAUCCGGAAGGAAUCGUACGAACCAAAGAUCGAGUCUUCGAUAGUAUUAGUCACCUUAUCAACUUUCACUGGACAAACUCUCUGCCGAUCAUCUCCGCCGAGAGUGCGUUGCUGCUGCGGCAUCCGAUCCUGCGGACGACCGAUCUGCUGUCGAAAGCCAAACUGGCUCACCUAAACCUGCAGUAGUGUGUUUUUGUGUGUGUUUGUGUACAAGUAGCUUACGUAGAGUGAGUGAGCAAGGAAGGGUAAACGCGCACAGAAACAAACGACAUGAUCACAUAAAAAAAACUUUAGCUUAUUAAGUGAGUAUAUUAGAGCACGCAGAAAGGCGCAAAGCAAAGCAAACAAACAAGGGACUGGAUGCAUGCGGUUGCGGAUACACAUCCGGCAUCAUCCUGGUAAAGAAGUUAACCAAGCAAACGGGGGACGGGCUGAAAUGAAUGAAUGUGCAGAAGAGUGAACAAGCGAGUCGAAUGAGUCGAAGGACGACUUCUUAAAACGGUGAGUUUGUCACCGCAUUAGCAUUAUACGAAAAGUAAUGAAAAGCUGCAUAACGCAGACAUGAUCGCACUUGUUUCAUGUUUAAGUUAAGCGUAAUGCUCCUUUUUUUUAAAGCAUGUAUCUAUACGGAUACUAUCAUAAGCAUGCGAUAUAAUACUACCAAAAAGAGAAAAUGUAAGGGGAAAAUGAAAUUCAGAACUAAACAAGGAAAAAAGGUGCACAACGCAACCUGCAGUUGCACUAUACAGAUUAAGCUGAUUCUCUCAGCAACAACUCAGAAUUACCUUGGUGUAGCACUGGGGAAGAGAGAAGAGAGAGAGAGAGAGUGGGAGAAAGAGAAUUAGAGGGACAAAGAAAACUGCGUUAGGCAAUUGUUUUUUUGAAUAGUAGAGAUAAGAAGAAACAGAUAUAAAGUGAUUUAGCUCACACAAAUCUAUAUAUAUACAAUUAUAUAUAUUCACAUACACAGAAAGUCACAGAAGAAAAGCACGCUGCGUGCACAGCAAAAGGAGAUUUAAAUGCAAAAAUCAAUGGAAGGUUAACAAAUGAAUCGUAUUACUUUCCCGUACUCAAACUCAACGUUGCAGGGGGUUUUUGCGAUAUGACGCACUUUUGCUAGCAGUGGGAAGUAGGGAAGGGGGCUAGUUCAAGUUGAACAUAGGUAUGAGAAAUGACAAAAAAUGAGAGUAGAAAUAUCAAAAGUUUGUCUUCAAAAGGAAAGUGUUCCCUCUUACAAUACACUCCAGCCAGCAGUGUGGAGGGAAAAGGCCAAAUGGGAAGGUAGUUGAGAAGGUGAUUUGCACGGGAGAACGCUCUUAAACACAAUAUUCUAACCGCAAACGCUAACCAGAGGAGGAAAUGCGUUCCGACCUCCUCCCCCAAUCUCCCCCCAAUACAAGGGAGACACACAAAUCCGUGCACAAAACAAACGAAAAGAAAGUGUGAUCAAAACAAAGUGUUAUAACUUAUAUGUAAUGCACCCUCUAUCUCCCUGUCUCUAUCUCUCUCUCUCUCUCUUUAGUCAACGGGAAGGCCAAAUGAGGUAUGCUGAUCGUAGUUUGUAGACAGAAAAUUAGCUAAAAAGAUGGCGGGCAAAUGCAGGAAGAGACUAGGAGAUUGUCGAGAUUGAGUGAGAGUGUAGCCGAGCAAUUUAUCAUCAACCUCCAAUGCACGUUGCAAAAACAAACAUUUACAACGGCACGGAAAGCAAAGUAUCUUGUACUGCGAACACGUGCAUAUAUUAUGUAUCAUAUUGAACGAAGGAACUUUAGUAUGGGCGCUACCGGAAGCGGUCCCGAGCAGAGGGCCGCGUACGAAUGAUCCACAGCCAUACACAAACACACAACCACACAAAUAGUGGCAAAACACAUGGAAAGGCAAAACACUUUUACAGUGCAAAAGCAUGGUUGAGCAGUUCUAAUGAUUUUACUAUCUAGAUUCCCUUAUUUUCCAUUUUGGAUAGUUAAAGUAUUAAUUAAUUAUUGUUGGACCGUCUUUUUUAUAUAUUAUUGUGGCGUAAAUGUUUCGGCAAAUUGCAUUUAUUUAAAAAAAAACACGAUAUUCACUUUUGCGUCCGCCUCCUGUUGCCUAUUGCCAAUAUUCAGAUUCAGUAUUCUGUAACUUUAUUAACCAUUUCCUAUUUACACACACACACACACUAACCUACAGCAGAAACAGAAAACUAACAACACACACAACUAUAGUAGAGACAACAGAUAAUGAAGGGAAGAUUUUUUAUAAUCAAACGAAACAAAAGGUAAAAUAUUUAAUGGUUGUUUGUUUAAAUAAAACAAAAAUAAUUAACUCGUUCUCUUAGCAGAUUAUGCUGAAAUUCUCCCGUCUGACUACAAUGACUAUUACGAGAUAAAAGCAAAAAAAGUUAUGAUUCAACACUUAAUAGUACCAACUAACAAAAAAACAUACACACACAAAUCACCUAGAAACAUCAGAUACAGAUAGGUUAUUUUGUCUUAUCAUCACAUAAAUCACACAGUCAACAAAUUAACUAAACAAACAAACAAACAAACAAUGCAAUAAUAAGCACAAGCCGCAAAAGUGCACCAAACAGUGCAAAAGAAGACACGUGGACGGGCGCGGGGAGACGUGGGAACGCAACUAUAAACAAAAAUAACCAUUUUUUCAAAUUAUAAACCGUACAACUCCUUUUUCUUCCGCAACUGGAAGUCGCAAACGGCAAAACUGUUACAGCUGGUACAACUUACAACAAAACCCCUUACAACAUGCUCUGUAUAAAAGGAUAUAAUGCAGUCUGUUGUGAAUGCGUGUUGUGUUCGGGCUUUUGUUGUUGUUUUUUUGAUAAAACUUCUAUUUUUCUACUUAAAUUAACAUUUCUCAACCACUGAGCAGAGCUAAUUUGCUACCUACUAAUAUGCUUGGAAAGAAGGAGGAUGCCUCCUGCAGGACGACAGCAAUCAGCUCGCAGCUGUCCCCAAACUACAAACCAUGCAAACAAACAAAAAACCAUUAAUAUAGCCUCUCCUCAGCAUUGCCGAUAUGGUAUCAAAAAGCACAGAAAAUGAGAUCAAAAAGAAAAGAGACAUGCACGAACGUGAAGGAACGUGCGGAUGGAGUAUUGCGCGCGCUAGGGAUGGCACGAAGGGAGUCGUGCGCAAAGUAAGCUCGUAUAUUCUAAUAUGAGUUAGCCAUUAUUAUGAUUAUUAUUAUUAUUAUCAUUAUUAAAUUAAAUAAUGUUUCUGAGUAA